AUGGUGGCGCAGCUAAGCCAGCGCGGCCCCUGGCUGCGGCGCCCGUCGGGCCUGCUGGCGCCCGACGGCGGCGGCGGCCCCGGCGCCGGCCUCAGCGGCGGCGGCCUCGGCCUGGGGUCCGGCGGCGGCCUCGGCGGCGGCGAGGAGGAGUGGCUGCGGCAAGCCGGGCUGGAGGUUCCGCGGGAAAUUCGCGACGAACUCUAUUUCUUGACCCAGGAGAAGGCGACGCAGGAGAUGCACACCGCUCUGAGGGGCGUGCCGGCGCUGGUGCUGUCGUGCGAUGCCGACGUGCUGGCUGACCCCAGCCUCAAGGACGGAUUCAGGCGGAAGGUGGCUGCUUACGUGGCUUUCAUAAAGGCGUACCGCGGGCUUGUGUCGGCGCAGGACAGCUGGGGCGCCGUGCCCGAGGCGGCGCCGGGCGCCCCCAGCAACGCGGAGCACAUAGCCUGCGUCCAGGCGGCCGCACCAGACGCCGCGAUCAUCCCUGUCGCCAACGGCCGCAUCGCCGCCGCGCUCGCCCCCGACAGCGAGGCGGCGGGCGCCGCCGACGGCGUGGCUGCGGCGGCCGCGGUGCCUGCACCGUCGGGGGCGUUAGAGGCGCUGCCGCGGGCGGUGGCGGCCGCGUCGCAGGGGGCUUGA